AUGGCGCGCCAAAGCCGCACUCGAUCGACGGCUGUUGUUCUUGCCUUGGCGUGUGGCCUGCUGUGGAAUGCAGGCGCUCCACAGGGGUUCGCCAGCCCCUCCGUCUCCGUGCAGCACCAGAGCUCCACCGCUCUUACCCAGUCUUCCAGCAGGACCGGGAUGGUGGGCGCUCUGCGUGAGCAGUCGCGCGACUCGUCUGCCGUGGCAACAGCCGCUGCAGCAGCAGCGCCCAACUUCUUUAGCAAGGUUUUUGCUGCCGGUGCUCAGGGCGCCACAGCCGCAUUCGUGGCGGCAAUUCUCUCUGCCAUUUGCGAGCCGCUCGUGAACCGCCUGUUGGUGAAGCGAAUGACGAUCUCCGAGGCGUUGAAGGAGAUGAACUUCAAGCUCAUCUCCAACUUCUUCCUGACUACCUUCCCCACGAACAUGUUGAAGUUCCCUGUCUUCGAGAUCAUCAACAUGGCCAUGACCUUCACUGCCUUCAGCCCUGGCAUGAGCGGCACCAUUAGCGGAUUCCUGUUCUGCACUGCCAUGCUGCCAGUGACGAACUACCGCUUCCGCAAGAGCAUGGGAUGGGAGAUCAAGCCGGCACUGUUGUACCAGGCCUACGUGCCCACCGUUGUGCGCGACAUCCUGUACGGUUGGGCGCGUGGCUUCGUGGCGGUCGCCCUGUCAGCAGUGUGGAAGCCCCAGACAUUCGUGCAGGAGGCCAGGCUCGUCUGUGGUGAUGUUUGCCUGGCACGGCUGGGCUUUGUUUCUCGGGAGGCCUUCGUGUUCGCCUUCGUGAUCUGGGCAGCAUGUAGCCUGACAGCAAGAUCAGAGAAGACGGGAUGGCAGACGGAGUCGAUGGCAGGGGCAUGGGGCAUCAUCUCCUCGCCCUGCAACGAGUGGCGUGGAUACACUCUGCAGCCCAAGGACAAGAAGCUGUCCUUCGGUGAGUAUUUCAAGCCCAUCAACUAUGCUCGUUCCACGGGUCCCGUCCCAACGCUGAUGUCAUUGAUUUGCGUGGAAGGCAUUGGUGCAACCAUCAUGGGCAUUUCGCUCUUCGUUGGCCGCCUGGUCACCCCCUUCGCGGAGACCGCCUUCGCGUGCGCUGGCUGCAUGUCUGCCUUUCUUGCUCGGUCUGCGACAGGAGCGCUUGCCAGGUACCUGAAGGGACACCCCGUCGCCGGAGUGGCUGCCCUGGCCAUCCUGGUGGGAGGCUUCAAGCUGAUCGCCGGAGGGCCCCUCGGCUGCACCGCCUCCUUGAAGUCUCAUCCUGGUGCCGACCCCCUGCGCCAGGGAGGAGGAGAAGGAGGAGGAGAAGUAAGCGCACCGCCUCGGAACGUUCGGACGUUCUCAGCGCUGGGCAACUAA